AUGGCGGAAUCCACGCUGAGAACGGCUAUUCCACCCCAGUCAUGGGAUAGCCAUAUGCACAUCAUUGACCCCGAUCGAUAUCCACUGGCCCCAGAUGCCCGGUAUAAGCCUCAGGCACAUACGCUUCCCGAUGCCAUAAACUUCGAAUCCACCGUCGGGCUUUCCAACAUGGUUCUCGUCCAGCCAUCCAUCUACGGUCUUGACAACUCCUGUCUGCUUGAUGGUCUUCGUGAGUUGGGCCUUCGUCGUGGGAGGGGUGUUGUUGUCAUCGAUCCAUCAACCGCACAGCCAGAAACCCUACGCGAAUGGCACCGGCUCGGAAUCCGUGGAGUUCGGCUCAACCUCCGAUCAGUCGACCGGCAAAUGAGUGCUGAGGAAUUAAUCUCAGCGGUUCGCAGGCAUGCAGAGGCCAUUUGGCCUUUGAACUGGGUCCUGCAACUGUAUAUCCCAUUGAGCAGCGUUCCGGUCCUGCUAGACAUCGUCUCCGAAUUGGGAGUGCGGAUUUGCCUUGAUCAUUUUGCGAGUCCGGAACUUCCUGUUGCAGAGGCAAAUAUUACUUCUUCUUUCGAUCCAUACUCGUUAUCAGGAUUCGCCGAACUUAUCACGCUCCUCCGACAAGGAAACACCUACGUCAAAAUAUCCGCUCCAUAUCGACUUAGCGACGAUCCAGAUAUGAAGCAAUUAAGUGUUAUCGCUCUCGAGCUGCUGCAAGUUGCACCCAAUCGACUAGUCUUUGCUAGCGACUGGCCACAUACACGUUUUGAGGGAUUGAAUAUCGCGCCAUUCAUCAGAAAAUGUUUGGAUUGGUGUGGCGACGACAAAGGACUAGUUGAGAAAAUAUUUAGGCGGAAUGCAGAGGAGCUCUGGGAUGCACAGGAGGAUCGAUCAUGA